AUGCCCCAAUCCACAACUUUGCAAUCCACCACUCCUGUUUCAUCACAACAGAAUCCUCAACAGCAACUCUCCUUGUUAAAUCCAUUCUAUAGCAUUCCCAUCUUGAUGAGAAACUUUUCAGCCAUCAUGGGACGAAGUAAUUUCUUCCCAAUUGACACUCCAAGCUUUUUCAAGGAAGUUCUCGAAUUCAUUGUGGUUACAACCUUCUAUCCCAUUCUCACUGCCAUUGGAUUGUAUUUACAAUUUUUGAGAUGGAUCUGGACCAUGGUCUUUCGGGUGGCCGUUCCAACUCCUCAACAAUAUUCAGCACAACAAAUCAAAUCAGCCAUUAUUACAGGUGUCUCUCGUUCUGAAAUUGCAAAAUCAUUGGCAUUGAGUUUGUGUGAACAGUGGCGUCGAGAUGCAAGCAGUGAUCAUAAAAUGUUGACUCUUGUGGGAAGUGAUGACAAACGAUUGAAUCAAAUAAGAGAGGAAAUUCUUCGUGUGUUGGGAGAGGACUAUCCAAAAACAACUGAAAUUCGUGUCAAGGUGUGUUCUGUGAAUGAUCAAGAUAAGAUUCGACAAGUCAUUACUGAAUAUGAUUAUGACUUGGUCAUGACUUGUCAGGAAUCAGAAACUUUCAGAACAACACGAGGUGUUCAGACCACAGAGGAGGGAAGUAUAUUAAGCACAGUUGGACAAGAACCUCUGAAAGAAAAGACUUCUCCUCGUUCGAAUGCUCCAAAACGUGAUGUGAAAGGAAGUUCUGUGAAUGGUAAUCGAAAAGGUGAAACUCCCACCACAAAUGUUUCAUCUUCUGGAAGAGUCAAUAAUGAUGAAUCAAUUUCAGAAACUUCCAAUGCUCUUCCCAUUGUUCCUCAACAAGUGCAGCAUCCAUUGAAUGAACAAGACAUUCGUUCUCAAUACGAGUUGAACAUUUUUGGAAUUCUGAAUACCAUUCUUCCAGCCAUUUGUCAAUCCAGAGAAAGAGGACUUACUGACUCUCCUAAACAUGUUGUUGUGGUUGGAAAUGUUGUUCCUCGUUAUGGUCCUUUACAAUUUUUCGGAGCUGGUCCUGGAUUUUCUUCCUUAUUGGAAUUUUCCAAAUUAAUCGAAGGAGAAGUGAGAAGAAGCUCCUUAAGAAGUGGACUCGCAGGUCAGAAGAUUAAUCCCAAUGAUUUUCCAAACUCUUCUCAACUCGUCUUUCAAGUGGUAACUCCAUUAAUUUGUCAGAAUUUGACUUCCACUUUGGGAUCCACUUUCAAUGAAUGGUUCAAUCGUGUCUUUAGUGAAUCCUACUCGAGCAGAAGAAUUCAAAAGAGAAGACAAAGUGGUCAAGGAAAAGGUCAACGAAAUACUACCACUACAAAUGAGGAAGUUACUCAAAUUGGUGAAAUGACAGAUGUGAACACCAGAAGUGAUGUUAGAAGAGAAGAAGGAAAGAAUCAAUUGUUGAGUGCAAUUCCAAUUCAAGUUGCCAAUGAAAUUAUGAGAGGAGUGUACAGAGGUGUCGAUGUGAUUGAUGUCAACUCUCCAGUGGUCUAUUCUGCUUUGAGAUUGUACAAUGCAGUUCCUGUGAGCGUUCAAAAUAUUAUCUCCACCUUGUUGCAAUUCAAUCACGAGUAUUAA